CCGCCCCUCCCCGCUGCUGUGGUGCGCUGGCUGAGUUGAAGCGCAACAACGCGGAGAGCGCAGCAGCGACUUCACCUCUGCAACUUUGGGUUUUUUUUGGAGCCGUCGAUGAGCGCGUUUGAAGUGCCUUGUUGGUGAAGACAAGGGGAUCGAGUCUGGAGCUGCGGUUCCCCCUCUGCCAGUCCCAUCAAAAUGAAACUCCUGAUUUGUGUGAUAGCAGUCGCCUUGGCCGCGGGAUCUGCGCACGGAGGCGUGGGGAAGUCUGACGAGCCGUGUGCCGGCCGGGACUGCGGCGCAGGAUGCCGGUGCAACCCGGAGAAAGGGAGCAGGGGUCGUCCAGGGGCUCUCGGUGAAGUCGGUCAGAGCGGACCAGAGGGGCCACGUGGGGGCCCGGGGCCUACAGGGCCUAAAGGAGAGAAGGGCCAUGUUGGCCUAAAAGGACCAUCUGGCCCCAAAGGGGACAAGGGACCUAUGGGAGUGCCGGGGUUCCAGGGAAAUGACGGAGUACCUGGUCACCCGGGUCAGGGCGGGAGCAGAGGACCACCAGGCCUGGACGGAUGUAACGGGACCAGGGGAGAACCUGGAUAUCCCGGCUUUGGGAAUGGAGAACCUGGAUUCCCUGGAAUUACUGGGCCUGGCGGGCCAAAGGGUCAGAAAGGAGAGCCUCGGUUCCUCUCAAACGGCAUCACGGGUUUACCGGGUCCACCAGGAGUGGACGGUUUUCCUGGGGUCAGAGGUCCUGAUGGUCCACCUGGUUUUACCGGUCCGAGAGGGCCGGAGGGAUUCUCCGGUCUGCCUGGUCCCCCCGGCCCCCCAGGGCCAAUGGGGAGCCGUAGUGACGGAUAUGUAGGAGAGAAAGGAGACAAGGGCGACGUGGGAUUGCCCGGUGACCCCGGCCAGCCAUUGGUCAAUGGCAUCGUGGAGUUUGUGGGUUUUCCCAAAGGAGACAAAGGAAUGCAGGGUGAGCCUGGCCAGAAGGGAGUCAGAGGAAUCACUGGGAAUCCUGGGCAACCUGGACUGUUCGGCUAUCGUGGUGAACUCGGAGAGAAAGGCAUUCCUGGAUACCCCGGGGCAAGAGGUCCCCCCGGUUUUAACGGGCCUCCUGGAGCUCCAGGACAACAGGGAUUAAGAGGUACUCCAGGUUUCUCCGGGCAACCAGGAUACAUAGGACCCAAGGGAGACCAGGGUGACCAAGGACUACCGGGACCUCCGGUUUACGUUUCUGAUGUGGGCACUUUAGUUCAAGGACCAACAGGUGACCCGGGUCUCAACGGCCUGCCCGGGGCCCCCGGUGACCAGGGAUUUCCAGGAUACCCAGGACUACCGGGCCAGCCAGGGAUUGUAGAAUUUGGUACAGGUCGUCCCGGAGCUCCCGGUUUCCCCGGGAACAGCGGCCCAAAGGGAGAGAAAGGAAACCCAGGUUUACAAGUGUUUGGCCCCGAAGGAAUCCCCGGCUCCCCUGGACCCCCCGGCCCCCCCGGCCCCCCCGGCCCUCCUGGAUUCCUGGGCCAGUCUGGAUCUACCAUUGAACCCUGCGUCAUCUAUCCCGAGUGGCCCGAAGGUUCUCCCGAAGGUUUACCCAACAAUAUUCCUGGAGUGCCUGGGCUGCCUGGCCCCAGAGGACAGCCGGGUAACAAAGGAUUCAAUGGCUUUAGAGGUGAUCCUGGCGACUGUGCCUGCAUAGGAGGGGGCACCUCAGGGUUGCCUGGACCCCCAGGAACCAACGGCGACCCCGGCUUUGCUGGACGAAAGGGCGAGCCUGGUGACGGCGGUCCACCGGGCUUUAAUGGCGGUCCGGGACCUCCUGGUCCCGCUGGUGAGCUCGGUUUCUCGGGACGUAAGGGAGAGAAGGGGGCGUCUUACUACCCCAAUCUGGGUUUGGGGGUGAAAGGAGAGCUCGGAGAUCCUGGACCCAGAGGACCGACUGGGGAAACUGGAAAACCAGGCAGAGAUGGACUGCCGGGCUUCCCCGGAGUCCCUGGACCCCCAGGUGACGCUGGCUUCGGCACAGUUGGUGAGAAAGGUUUCCCAGGGUUCCCGGGGCAAAAGGGUCGUUCCGGUGGCCCCGGCGAGCCUGGCAUCGGCUACCCCGGCUUGCCUGGCUUUCGCGGUGAGCCUGGAGACCCUGGUAUUCCUGGACAACCAGGGCAACGGGGUUUACCCGGACUUAAAGGUGAAAACAGCUGUGAAGGGGUUAAUGGCGCCGGAGAGGGAACGGGCUCAGCUCUACCUUGCACCAUACCCGGGGAGGAAGGAGACCCCGGUGUCACCGGUAUACCUGGACGACCUGGUCCUAAAGGUCAACCCGGUAACCUAGGAGGCCCUGGACGUCCCGGGUUCGACGGUGCCAAAGGAGAGAGAGGAGACCCUGGUUUUGGAGGCCAACCAGGACCACAAGGUUUCCCGGGACCCAGAGGUGAUCCUGGAGUUCCAGGUACUCCCGGACAGAGUUUUGACGGAGCCAGGGGGAAGGAUGGCGCCCCUGGGCGUCCUGGAGCCAAGGGCCAGACUGGAGAGGUACUGGGAGCCAAUCAAGGUGGCCCAGGACGGGACGGGGCACCAGGUAUCCCUGGAGACAAGGGCCAGCCCGGGACGCCAGGACAACCUGGAUUACCUGGUAGUGACGGACGUUUCGGUGUUCCUGGGCUGAAGGGGGAGCGCGGAGUUGACGGUGUUCCCGGUCUCCCAGGCCUUCCCGGUCUUCCGGGUGAUCCGACUCCUGGCAUUCCCGGUCGGCGUGGAUCUCCUGGCAUCAGCGGACCAAGCGGAUCACCAGGCUGCCAAGGUUACCCCAGUCGCAAGGGAGAGAGAGGAGACCCAGGGUUCCCAGGACCAGCUGGAAUGAAGGGAACACCAGGACUGCCCGGCACCAAUGGAUCACCGGGGGCCAGGGGACCCCCGGGACCGCCAGGACCGGGAACUAGAGAGGGAAUCCCAGGAACACAAGGAAGGAAGGGUGAGCGAGGUUUAUCCGGACUGGUGGGUUUCCCUGGAGUGCCGGGACGUCCUGGAAGUCCAGGGUUUCCUGGAGGCCAAGGACUGGCUGGAGGGCCCGGAAGAGACGGACGCCCCGGCGGUCCCGGAUUCCCCGGACUGAGAGGUGACAGAGGAGACCCCGGUCCCCCCGGCCAGCCCUUUCCUUUUAUUCCAGGAAAUGGUGAUAGAAAAGGAGAACCAGGAAACCCCGGAGCGAACGGUCUUCCUGGCUUCCCCGGACCCAGAGGUGACAAGGGUCUGCCGGGUCAGCCUGGUCGUCCCGGUCUGCCUGGACUUCCUGGUUAUGCUGCACAGAGCAAAGGACAGCCGGGAGACCCGGGGUUCCCCGGGCGACCAGGAGCGCCAGGCUUCCCUGGAACGAAGGGAGAAGCUGGAAUCAUGGGAUUCCCCGGCAUGUCUGGACCAAGGGGUGAUGAUGGCGUACCUGGUUUUCCCGGCAACCCUGGAGAAUUUGGUCGGCCUGGUGGCAAAGGGGCACCCGGUGAAAGUUACGGUUAUCCUGGAGCUCCAGGACCUAAAGGCCAGCCAGGAGAUUCAGGUUUCCCAGGUGGCCGUGGCUAUGACGGCGCUCCCGGUGACAUCGGCAUUCCAGGAAGUCCAGGUUUCCCUGGUGUGAAGGGAACUCCUGGUGAUAGAGGACGGCCUGGAUUUAUGGGCUCCCCUGGUUUCCCCGGGCCCAAUGGCCAGUCCAGCUACCCAGGAAGAAGAGGAGCAGAUGGACCUCCUGGUCCGCCUGGAGGUCCUGGAGGUCCUGGAGCCAAAGGUUUGCCCGGAUCCCCUGGUUUGGAUGGACUUAAUGGCCUUGCUGGACCUAAAGGCCUCCCUGGAACCCCAGGUGGGAGUGCAGGCGGUCGCCCAGGAGCCUCUGGUGUUCCAGGGUCGAAGGGAGAGAGAGGAGACUCGUAUCCCGGAGCUCCAGGCUUCCCGGGGCAGAAGGGAGAGAGAGGAAAUACAGGUGGUCCUGGACUUGUGGGGUUCCCUGGUCUGCCCGGACCUCCUGGUCCCACUGUGGUGUCGGAUGUCCCUGGACCUUUGGGAGACCCAGGCCUCCCUGGACUGGACGGAGAGUAUGGUUUACAAGGUCCUCCAGGUUCUCCCGGGCCUCCUGGUCCAGGCACAACCCAGGGAGACAGAGGUGACUCUGGGCUCCCGGGCUUCCCUGGCUCCCCCGGCAGGAAAGGAGACUCCGGCAUCCCUGGAGGCGCCGGACUCCCCGGCAGCUCCGGUUUCAAAGGAGCACGAGGUGACACUGGCUACAGCGGAGGUCCUGGUCUCAAUGGUUUCCCCGGUGACCCUGGUUACUAUGGAAACAAAGGAGCCAAGGGAGUACAAGGGCGUCCUGGGCGUAAGGGUAGCCCUGGAGUGGUCUCGCUGCCCCCACGAGACAUCGAGAAACGCUAUGGAGAUGGGGGCUUUCCCGGUGCAAUUGGCAACACCGGUGUCCCCGGAGAAUCCGGACCGCCAGGAAUGCCCGGACGUCCAGGUCCCAAAGGUCGUCCUGGUCCCGUGGGUAAACUUGGCAGGACUGGAUCUGCUGGUUUUCCCGGACCUGUCGGCGACGCCGGACCCCCCGGUUUCCUUGGACCCACUGGAGAACAAGGUCCCACUGGUCAGGCCGGUCGGCCCGGCUCUCCCGGCGGCGUGGGCCGCAGUUCCAGCAUCGGCUACACUCUGGUGAAGCACAGCCAGAACUCCCAGGUUCCCAUGUGUCCUCAGGGCAUGGCCAAGCUGUGGGACGGGUACAGUCUGCUCUACGUCGAGGGACAGGAGAAGGCUCACAACCAGGACCUCGGUCAGCCGGGGUCGUGCCUCCCCAGGUUCAACACCAUCCCCUUCCUCUACUGCUCCCCAAACGAGAUCUGCUACUACGCCAGCCGCAACGACAAAUCCUACUGGCUCUCCACCACUGCCCCCAUACCCAUGAUGCCUGUGGCCGAGGAGCAGAUUCAGCCUUACAUCAGCAGGUGUUCUGUGUGUGAGGCUCCCUCUCAGCCUGUGGCGGUCCACAGUCAGGACGUGACCAUCCCCACCUGUCCCCCCGGCUGGAGGAGUCUCUGGAUAGGAUACUCCUUCCUCAUGCACACAGCGGCCGGCGCCGAGGGCGGCGGGCAGUCCCUGCAGUCCCCCGGCUCCUGCCUGGAGGACUUCCGCGCGACGCCGUUCAUCGAGUGCAACGGGGGAAAGGGCACCUGCCACUACUUCGCCAACAAGUACAGCUUCUGGCUCACCACCGUGGACCCCCGCCAGGAGUUCCUUUAUUCCCCAGCACAGGAGACCCUGAAGGGAGGCCAGGAGCGCUCCAAAGUCAGCCGCUGCCAAGUCUGCAGCAAGAUCUUGUAGGAGGAGGAGGAGGAGGAGGAAAGGAGGGGUGGAGGAGGAGGAGGAGGAGGAGGGGUGGAAAUGAAAAAGAGAGGCGUUGAUGAUUGAGGAUGAGAUGAUUUUUUUAUAAAGAAAUCGACAAAAGACCACUGACUGAAAAUGAUCCUCUGAUGGAGUCGAACAACAAAUCGGCUCAGUUUUUUUGGAGUUUUUGAUCCCUUCGAGGAAUGAAUGGCUUGUUAAAAAACAAAAAGGAAGAGUUGGAGAGAGGAAAUGCAAAGAGAAGGGCUCCAGCGGCGUUGCUCUGCUCUAGGUUAUCACUGACAAUGGUGCUAUUGUUUAUGUUUAUUUUGUGUCUCGUUACGUUUUUUGUUUUUUUUUGGCGAGAAGCAUUCUCGGCUACCUCAGAGAGUGCCACCCGCUUUGGACAGCACUGCACCACACACACAUCUGCACACAUCUGCACACAUCUGCACACAUCUGGGCGGCUGCUUCACAUAGGUCAGUUCAGACAGUGGAGUCAAGCAUGGCUCUAAGGUCUUAACUUUUAUGAACUGAUUUAUCUGAAGCAGAAGCACCUGAUUCUGGUUUAAACGCUUGUUUUCGUGAAAUGGCCGCCAUCAAACUUUGCUCUUUGUAUCGACCGCCCGCUGCAAACACUUUAUAACCGCAAUGAUGCUACACAUUAUGCUACGUUACAAGCUGCGUCCUGUUUUGCAAGAGUGACUCCAUUGGUUAUCAUUUCAUGAGGGUAUGGAAGUCUAGUUGCUGACAUCUGAGACUAGCUUGAAGGCUUUAAGGAGCACAAUAAGCACGCUACUCUUUUAUUUUUUUUGACAGUUGCAUUAUUGUUUGUGUCCGUUUUCGUGCAUGUAACAAAAAAUAUCCGAAAGGUGCGUCCAGCAAAAUGUAAAAAACCAAUGGAGGAAGGAAAGAAAGAAAAGCUAGUAAUAAAUACACAAGCAUGUAGCUUGUUCAGUCAGUAUUUUACAUUUUAAGUCAGAUACUGGACCAACAGCGGCUUUUUAAGGCAGAAAAAGAAGCUGAUUUUUCAAUAUCCUUUUUACAAUUUACAUGUUUGUUCAUUAUUUUUCUUCCGGAUUUGAUUUUCUAACAUGUCAAGUUAUAUUAUCAGCUCUAAACUGUCCAAUCUCAGAUAUUCUAGCUUCACGAAGCAUUUGCAGAACAUCCGCUGCCUCUAAAGAUGAAAUAACUGACAAAAAACAGCAAGUAUAGGUUCAUUUUAAUGGAUUUGUAUCACUUCAAGCAAGUUGCAAUUCUCUACUAGUUGAUUUUUAUAGUUUACAGAAAUUAUUUUAAACCGACAAGAAAAUCUCUUGAAUCAUGUAAAGUGUGAUUAGGGUGAAAGUGUCAGGGUUCUUGUGGUCAUAAAAAAUUUGAAAAACAAUUGCUACUAAAUGAUAAAAAAAAAAAUCUUCCAAUUGUAUCACAAAGGGGACAACGGGAAGACUCAUGCACAUACUUACUACUCCCAUACGCGUAAGUAUCAGAUGUCCAUGUCACACUUUAUCAUUUAAUCACCAUAACUUCACAAAGUCAUGGAAGUCAUUGGUCAAAAUGUGUAGGAACCCUGGAGUUUAUUCUCAAUCCUGGAAACUGAGUUUUGACUAAAAGAGCUAAGAGUUUAUAUGACUCCAUCUGUCAGUGAAGCGAGUGAGUGAACCGUGAGUUUAGAGGGAAAUGCUCAGCAGCAAUAUAAUCUAUUCAUAGAUUGCCAUUACUGUGCAAAAACAUGCCAAAAUUACCAGUGCAGUUAUUCAACGUUUCACUCUGUAAUCUCUGUGUAUUUAACAAUAUGACUCUAUGGUGCUACAAAAUACCUUGACAGCUGACUUUAAAGGCAACAUUUAAGAUAUGAAACUGCAUGCAAUAAAAAGGA